AUGAGUUGGCGAUACAAGAUUAGCGUGCUCGCCCUUUUCGUGGCUUCUGGAUUUACUUGGCCCUACGACGAGGCCUUCACUGCAUAUAACAUAAACGAAAACCAAACAGCAACCGAUCCUUUGGAUUACUGGGGAGAAUGGCCAGACCACACCUACUUCCCUUCGCCGGAAAACUGGCGCUUUCCUGUAUAUACCCUCUUCCUUGAUCGGUUUGUGAACGGUGACCCGACAAACGACAAUGUCAAUGGGACCCUCUUUGAACAUGAUAUCAACUCCAAUCAAAUGAGACAUGGAGGUGAUGUGGCUGGCUUGGUAGACACCUUGGACUAUCUACAGGGAAUGGGAAUCAAGGGAAUUUACCUUGCAGGAUUGGUGUUGAUGAACCAGCCAUGGGGAGCAGAUGGCUACUCGGCGCUCGAUACCACUUUACUGGAUCAACAUUUUGGCACGAUUCAAAAAUGGAGAGAAGCUAUCACGGAGAUCCACAACCGCGGCAUGUAUGUCAUCUUUGACAAUACUGUCUCGACCAUGGGAGACCUCAUUGGUUUUGAGGGGUACUUGAACACAACCACACCAUUUUCAACCAAAGAGCACAAGGCUUUAUGGAAAUCCGACCGUCACUAUGUUGAUUUCCGAUACGGCAACGCCUACAAUAAAACGUGCGAGUACCCCCGCUUCUGGAAUGAGACAGGCUACCCCGUGGAUCAGUAUGUCAAUGAUGAGCUUGUUGGGUGUUACGACAGUGAUUUUGAUCAAUAUGGUGACAUUGAGGCAUUUGGUGUCUAUCCUGACUGGCAGCGAGAGCUCGCGAAGUUUGCCUCCGUGCAAGAUCGGUUACGUGAAUGGGUACCUAGUGUCAGGGAGCGGCUUAUCCGUCAUUCAUGCAUGAUCAUUGCAUCUUUCGACAUUGAUGGAUUCCGUUACGACAAGGCCACACAAGCUACUGUCGAUGCCCUCGGAGACAUGUCAGGGGCAUAUCGAGACUGCGCUCGCCGCGUGGGGAAAGAUAACUUCUUCCUUCCCGGGGAGAUCACUAGUGGAAACACUCUGGGAUCAAUUUUCCACGGGCGGGGACGCCAGCCUGAUAUGCAGCCUGAGACACUCGAGGAGGCAUUUAGAUUGACGAACGAUAGUGAUCCCGGGUACUUCAUCCGUGGUCAAAACCAACAGGCCACCGACGCCGCCGCAUUUCAUUACUCCGUCUACCGCUCUCUCACCAGGUUCUUGGGGAUGGACGGUAACCUGGCUGCUGGCUACGAUAUCCCGGUAAAUUGGACCGAAGCUUGGUAUCAAAUGGUUCUCACCAACGACAUGGUCAAUGCCAACACUGGUAAAUUUGACCCUCGUCACAUGUAUGGAGCAACGAACCAGGACGUUUUCCGCUGGCCGAGUGUUGAAUAUGGCAUUGAGAGACAACUUCUUGCUCUCUUUAUUACGACAUUGCAUAUGCCCGGUAUUCCUCUGCUUCUGUGGGGCGAGGAACAAGCAUUCUAUAUUUUGGAUGCAUCUGCCGCCAAUUACAUUUAUGGUCGCCAAGCGAUGUCUCCUGCCACGGCCUGGAAAAGCCACGGAUGCUUCCAGUUGAAUUCUACUCAGUAUUUCCAGUGGCCUAUCAAGGCAGGACGCCUGGGAUGCCACGAUGAGACAGUCACAUAUGAUCACCGUGAUCCCGCUCAUCCGGUACGGAACAUCAUCAAACACAUGUACCAGAUGCGACAGGACUUCGGUGCUCUGAAUGACGGAUGGUGGGUUCGGAUGCUUUCAAAUCAUACGCACAACAUAUAUCUUCCCGGUUCAAAUGGCGUGCCGACGGAAACCGGCAUGUGGUCUGUCUUGCGCAGCCCAUAUUAUCAGAUGCAGGACCUAGGUGAAGCAGGAAACCAAACAGUUUGGCUCGUAUACCAAAAUGAGAACAGGGCGGUCGACUACAAAUUUGACUGCUCUGACCAAACCGCCGCCUUGAUCUCUCCGUUCGACGCGAACACCACGGUCAGGAACUUAUUCUACCCUCACGAUGAGUUAACGCUACAAGAGGGUCCGAUCAAGCUAGGACUCAAUGGCUCUGACCAGUACAAUGGUUGUGUUGACAGUAUGGCUCUCCAGCCUUACGAGUUCAGAGCCUAUGUCCCAGUAGAGAAGUUUGUGCCUCCCCGGCCAAUGAUAACCAAGUUCCUUCCUGGGCAUGAUGUCCCAUUACUGUCAGCUGUUGCCCCUAACGAAAGCGAGGCGCUGGAUAUCAGUCUCUUUUUCUCGACGGAGAUGAAUUGUUCUCUUGUUACGGACUCAAUAUCGGUCGAGUCGUCCACCGAAAUUGGAGGAUGGCCUUCUGUGGACCCUGAUAGCGUCUUUUGUGAAUCUAUCAGGCCGGAAAGUACUUCUUGGGCCGGCCAAAUUCCAUCUGCCUGGUCUUGGAGAGCUACUUUAACUGGAGUCUACAAUGGUGUGCACAAAUUGACGGUCAACAACGCGACCAGUGUUGAUGGCAGAAAAACCAAUGCUGUUGACCAUUUCUUGGUCCGCAUUGGGCAGUACGACAACCCCAUUGUGUUUACAGCAGCAAAUUACUCCAGCACCUUGCUUCACGAAGGAGAGAACAAUACUCUUUUCAUCACACAGCAUGCAGCUGGGGCCGAUAAAUAUCGAUACUCCACCAAUUGGGGCAGUACCUUUACCGGGUGGCUCCCAUACGAGGGAGGAAAUGUUAGCAUCUACGAACUGCCUUGGUCUGGAACUAAAAAGCAACUAUGGGACGGAAAGCACAUUCGGGUCGAGUACUGGAGUAGCCUCACAGGUAGCAGCGACUACGUCCAAGAGGGUGACGGGCCCGGCUGGAACCCUGCUAUCCAACGUCGCUUCCCUCAUCUCUUCUUCAAUGGCCCUUUCAACCAGUACGGAUAUGAUGCCGGCAUGGAAAACGUUGUGAAACAAGAUACCGAUGGUCUUUGGAAAUUCCGUUUCAUGGCUGAGUGGCCUGCUCUGGGUCAACUCAAUGUCUGGGGCAUGAAUCCUGAUAAUCAACCAGAUCAGAGCUAUAUCUACGGAGACUCUAACGGGGACUCUAUCCUAGAUCGUCUACCACCAUCUUCCCUGAGUGUGACAUCCAUCAAUAUCAGCCAGCACCCGCCUGAUCCCCACGUCGCUUGGAGCAUUCAGUUGGAUGACUCGACUCUACGGUUCAAGCUAGUUCCCACAGGCUCCAAAUAUGUCCAGAUGGCCCUCUUUGUCCUUCUUUGGAUGGUACCCGUUAUUACAGCAAUAACUUGCGCCUACGUAUUCAUGAAGUCAUUCUACCGGAUCAAGUUCAAUCAAAUUGGAGUCAGUGAGAAAAAGACCCUCCUUUCGAUGGGGUUCGUGAACAAUCUCAAGCUCGGCCACGUCGAGGAUGGACAGUCCACGAAUCCAUUUCUACGUCUUGCCAGCAAAUCCAAAUUCCUUCAAAGCACCUCUGCUUUUGGAAACCGAACUGCUCAUCGGAGAAAGGUUCUCAUUGCUACUAUGGAAUAUGAAAUCGACGACUGGGCCAUCAAGAUCAAGAUCGGGGGCUUGGGUGUGAUGGCACAGCUGAUGGGAAAGCAGCUCGGGCAUCAAGAUCUUAUUUGGGUGGUGCCCUGUGUCGGGGGAGUCCACUAUCCCACGGAUAAACCGGCCGAGUCGAUGUUCGUCAUGAUAUUGGGGAAUUCCUACGAAAUCAAGGUCCAAUACCAUCGAAUAAGGAACAUCACAUUUGUUCUUUUGGAUGCUCCCGUCUUCCGCCAACAAUCAGCCACAGAGCCCUACCCGGCUCGUAUGGACGACCUUGACAGCGCCAUCUAUUACUCUGCUUGGAACCAGUGUAUUGCCCAGGUUCUGAAGCGCUUUCCCGUUGAUUUGUAUCACAUUAAUGACUACCAUGGCGCGCUGGCUCCAUUAUACCUGCUACCCGAGACUAUUCCAGUUUGCUUGUCUCUUCACAACGCCGAAUUCCAAGGCCUAUGGCCUAUGAGAACACAAAAGGAGAAAACCGAAGUGUGCUCCGUUUUCAACCUUGAAUUCAAUGUUGUUACUCGAUAUGUUCAAUUCGGCGAAGUCUUCAAUCUAUUACACGCAGGGGCGAGCUAUCUACGACUCCAUCAACAAGGCUUCGGUGCAGUUGGCGUAUCCAAAAAGUACGGAAAGCGCUCAUAUGCCCGAUACCCAAUCUUCUGGGGGUUAAGGAAAGUCGGCAAUCUCCCGAAUCCCGAUCCCUCUGACACUGGCGAGUGGGAUAAGGCCUUGCCUAAGGAAAGCGACAUCAACGUCGACGAUGACUUUGAAACCCGUAGGGUUGAGUUAAAACGUCAGGCCCAGGAAUGGGCAGGUCUAAAACAAAGAUCGGACGCUGAUUUAUUGGUUUUUGUUGGACGAUGGUCAAUGCAAAAGGGAAUAGACCUAAUCGCUGAUGUUCUGCCCGGUGUGCUAGAGGCCCGGCCAAAUGUGCAGCUCAUCUGUAUCGGGCCUCUGAUUGAUUUAUACGGCAAGUUUGCCGCUUUGAAGUUGGACCGGAUGAUGAAGCUUUACCCUGGUCGGGUAUGCUCAAAGCCCCAGUUCACCGUGCUACCACCCUUCAUCUUCUCAGGAGCGGACUUUGCGCUUAUCCCCUCACGCGAUGAGCCGUUUGGUCUUGUCGCUGUGGAAUUCGGCCGCAAGGGCGCUUUGGGGAUUGGCGCCAGAGUUGGUGGACUUGGCCAGAUGCCUGGCUGGUGGUAUACGGUUGAGUCGACGACGACCUCGCAUCUGCUGAAACAGUUCAAAUCAGCCAUUGACAGUGCCUUGAACUCAAAACCAGAAGUGAGGGCUAUGAUGCGCGCAAGAUCUGCCAAGCAACGAUUCCCAGUCGCGCAGUGGGUUGAAGAUCUUGAGAUAUUACAAGCAACAUCCAUCCGAAUCCACCAAAAGGAGCGAGCUAAGGCCCAGAACCCAUCCACUGCCGCGGGUGCGUAUAACGCUAUCUAUGGAAUUAUGACGCCGCAGGCCGCGUCAACAAGAUCUGGGGCAUCAACACCUUCAUUGCAACCCUCCAGUCGCCCGGGUACCAUGGGAUCGCUGCAGCGAAGCUCUAUAAUUUACAGUCGGGAUCCAAGUCCUGGAGGCGAAGCAAGACCCAGAUCAGGGCUCAGCCAUCAGUUGUCAUUUGGUAUGCGACCAGGAUCUGGGACCACGGAGCCUCGUGGCCGACGCGAGCUUGCCAAGGGCAGCAUUGUUGAGAGCGAUGACAGUGCCGGCAGAGCUUCCCCAGAGGCUGAAGAGAACAGUGACGAUGAGUUGAUGGUAACUUGCUACGGAGACGAUAACUAUUCUCUGUCGCCUGAAGACACAGGCCGUGCGCAAACUCCUCAACCUCCGGGCGUGGCACUUACCAAAGAAGCUCUCUCGGCCCAACGUGCAAUUCAAGGUUCUAUAGUGGCCCGAGGCAGCAACACACCCUACAGCUCCUCGGCACCCAGUACUGUCGGGACCGAAGAUACCCUCAUACCGCCUUCCCGUCCAUGGACGGAGCCAGGAGCCCGACUAACAAGUCCAUCGGUAUUGUCGGUUGAUUCGGUGGUUGGGGAAAAGAAAGAUUUCAAGCUACAAAAGGUUGACCCAUUCUUCACUGAUAGCAACGGCGAGUACUACAGAGUAUUCGAGAAGCGACUCGAGGAGCUCAAUGGGGCGAACUCAGAAACGCAGCUCUGCAUCGAGCAAUACCUCGAGAAGAGUGAAAAGAAAUGGUUCAACAAAUUCCGCGACGCGCGCCUUGGCCGCAACCAAGGGUCCCCAGCUGGUUCAAUGCAUCGUGGUAAGCCAGAGAGUUCUCCGGCAGGGUCCAUCAAUGACGAUACGACAUCUCACGAAAGUGGCGCACCGCUGGACAGAAAGAACCCUCCACCGGAUGAGUUCCUUCUCGGCGACGACUAUGUACCACCAACAGGGCUGAAAAAGUGGAUGCAGAUGCGCCUCGGAGACUGGCCCGUGUAUUCACUUUUUCUUGGACUGGGCCAAAUCAUUGCGGCCAAUUCUUACCAGAUCACGCUUCUCACGGGUGAGGUCGGUCAGACUGCGACGAAAUUAUACGGAAUCGCGACGGUGUAUUUGAUCACGUCUAUCCUCUGGUGGUUCUUUUUCAGAUAUUGCAAAUCAGUGCACGUUCUGACCGUGCCAUGGUUCCUAUACGGAACGGCCUUUUUGAUAAUUGGAAUGGCUCACUUUGAGUCCAAUUCACACAAUCGUGGGUGGAUUCAGAAUGUUGGCAGUGGACUUUAUGCUGCUGCAUCAUCAAGCGGUUCCAUCUUCUUUGCCCUCAACUUCGGUGAUGAGAGCGGCGCACCCGUCAAGCAAUGGGUAUUCCGAGCCUGUCUCAUUCAGGGCACACAGCAAGUAUAUGUCAUUGCUCUUUGGUAUUGGGGCUCAACUUUGACUAAAGCGACAAACGCCGGUAUUGCAAAUGUGCAGGGUAGCAUCACCAACACUUGGCGAAUGACAGCGAUAUGUACACCCAUUGCCCUAUUUCUGUGGGGAGUGGGCUUGAUCGUCUAUUUCGGCCUACCAAACUACUACCGUCAGGCUCCUGGGAAGGUGCCAUCAUUCUAUAAGUCUGUCUUCCGGCGUAAGAUUGUACUCUGGAACUGGGUGGUCGUCAUUAUCCAGAACUUCUUCUUGAGUGCGCCAUACGGCCGGAACUGGAAUUUCCUCUGGAUCACCAAUCAUGCCAGCCCAUGGCAGAUCCUCCUCCUCUGCGUUGCAUUCUUCGGUUUUGUCUGGAUAGUAUUUCUGUUUCUGCUAGCCAGGCUAUCCAAAUCCCAUAGUUGGAUACUCCCAGUCAUCGCCUGUGGUCUUGGAGCUCCGCGUUGGGCCCAGAUCUGGUGGGGAACAUCUGGUGUUGGCCUGUUUCUCCCCUGGGCUGGGAGUUAUACCGCGGGAGCUUUGAUAUCCCGUAGUCUAUGGCUCUGGCUCGGAGUCUUGGACGCAAUACAAGGCGUCGGGUUUGGUAUGAUACUCCUGCAAACACUGACACGCAUGCACAUCUGCUUCACUCUUCUCGCAUCACAAGUCCUGGGUUCUCUCGCGACGAUUUGCGCAAGGGCCUUUGCUCCGAAUAAUAUUGGUCCUGGUCCCAUCUCACCGGACAUCACGGCUGGUGCGGGUGCGCUAGCUAAUGCCUGGUUUUGGGUGGCUCUUCUGCUGCAACUCGCAAUUUGUGGUGGAUUCCUCCUUUUCUUCCGCAGGGAGCAACUGUCGAAGCCCUGA